UGUUGUCCCUCAUUGUCCUAUGCACAGCGGUGGACAUGCUCAGGUAAUACUGUUCGAGUGAUUAUCAACUGUCACCUCCACAGAUGACACCUGGAGAACUAGCCCUUGCAAAUGGCAACCGCACUCCAGUUACCGAGUUCAUCUUGUUGGGAUUCUCCAGUUAUGCAGAUCUCCAGGAGCUUCUGUUUGUAGCCUUCCUGCUCAUUUAUGCCAUAACAGUGCUGGGCAACCUGGGAAUGAUGGCACUCAUCUUCUCGGACUCCCGUCUCCAUAGCCCCAUGUAUUUCUUCCUCAGUGUCCUGUCGUUUCUAGAUAUUUGUUACUCAUCCGUGGUCACACCCAAGCUCUUGGUCAACUUCCUGGCCUCCGAUAAGACCAUCUCUUUCGAGGGCUGUGUGGUCCAACUGACCCUCUUUGUGGUGCACGUGACAGCUGAGAGCUUCCUGCUGGCCUCCAUGGCCUAUGACUGCUUUGUGGCCAUCUGCCAACCCCUCCAUUAUGGUUCUGUCAUGACUAAGGAGACCUGCGUCCAGCUGGUAGCUGCUUCCUAUGCAUUUGGUGGUGCCAACUCUGCUAUCCAGACUGGGAAUGUCUUUGCUCUGCCUUUCUGUGGGCCCAACCAGGUAACACACUACUUCUGUGACAUCCCACCCCUUCUCCGCCUGGCUUGUGGCAACACGGCCACGGCAGGGCUGGUCCUCUAUAUCUUCUCUGCUCUGGUUACCCUUCUGCCUGCUGCAGUCAUCCUCACCUCCUACAGCUUGCUCCUGGUGGCCAUUGGGAGGAUGCGCUCAGCAGCUGGACGGGAGAAGGCCCUCUCCACCUGUGCCUCCCACUUCUUGGCCAUUGCCAUUUUCUAUGGCACUGUGGUUUUCACCUACGUCCAGCCUCACGGAUCCUCUAAUGAUACCAAUGGCCAAAUCGUGUCCGUGUUCUACACCAUCAUAAUUCCCAUGCUCAACCCCUUCAUCUAUAGCCUCCGCAACAAGGAGGUAAAGGACGCACUGGAGAGGAAACUCCAGGUCAGUAUCUUUCCCUGCUGA